AUGUCGUACGGCAAGCUUGAGCGCAAGGGUUUUGGACUUGUCUACGACGGUACGAAGCGCGCACUUGCGAGACGCAGCAAUGGAGAAGUCGUGUUCGACAUAAAAAUGGAAAACAACGUACUAUACGUUGAAACAGUGGCACCGACACGCGCAGGGACACCACACGAUGUGCUGAUGGCGAUCCUAACUCAAGAUACGACGGAUGCAUCAGCCAUGAAUGUCCAGAUUGGCUCGCUCUACCAUUUUCACCAGCGUCAGGGUCACUUGGCGUACGACACGGUCGAGCGCAUGGCAAGCGAUCCAGAGUCCGGCAUAACACUCACAGAUCGUGCGAGGCCGACAUGCAUUUCGUGCGCCCAAGGCAAGCAGACGAAGAACGCACAGUCGCGUAAGGACACGGGUGCUAACUCACCUAUUGACCGCAUUGGUGGCGUCAUUUGUUCCGAUCUCAAGGGUCCGAUGACCCCCAAGGACCGGCUCGGAAACCGGUACCUCGUCAACUUUGUGGACCAUAAGUCCAAUUACUGUCGCGUCUUCCUCGCUCCAACGAAGGACAAGGCCGCGAAGAAGUUCGAACACUUCUUGGCUUUCUUCGAGCGCCAGUUUAAGUGUCGCAUCCACGUUCUAAGGACGGACGGUGGUGCCGAGUACGCGAAUGUCGACCUCUUCUGUAAGUCGACUAAUUCGCAAGACAGGUCAGCGAGGCACGCAACCAGGCAUCGAACGGCAAAGCCGAGCGCAUGCACCGAACGGUGUUAA